UGCCACUCCACCAUGGAGCACCACCACUUUGAUCAGUGUCUCAUGAUCCUCAACAGCCCAGGGAAUCAGAUUCUAAGCAGUCUGUCUCUGGAUGAGUACAAGGCCACUCUGAAGAUGAUUGAGAGGGCUAUUCUGGCUACGGACCUGGCUCUGUACAUGAAGAGGAGAGGAGAGUUCUUUGAACUGACCAAGAACAGCCAAUUUGUCUGGGACGAUGACUAUCAUAAAGACUUGCUGAGGUCAAUGCUGAUGACUGCAUGUGACAUCUCUGCCAUUACCAAGCCCUGGCCAGUACAGAAGAGGAUAGCCAAGUUGGUGGCUACUGAGUUCUUUGAGCAAGGGGACAAGGAGAGAGAAGAACUCAACAUUGAGCCAACAGAUCUGAUGAAUCGGGACAAGCAGGAUAAGAUUCCGAGCAUGCAGGUGUCGUUCAUUGAUGCCAUCUGCACACAGCUGUAUGAGACCCUGGCCAGUAUGUCUGAGUCCUGUUCCCCACUACUCGAGGGCUGCCAGAAGAACAGACAGAAUUGGAAGAUUCUGUCUGAACAGGGCGACAAAGCCUUCUUCAACGGAGCGGUGUAGACCUGUUCAACGUCUCUCCUCCGUCCCCACUAUCCCUCCAUCCCCACUAUCCCUCCAUCCCCACUAUCCCUCCACCCCACUAUCCCUCCAUCCCACUAUCCCUCCAUC